GAGGAGGAACUAGAGCAGGUGGACCCUCUACCCUUGUGGGUUGACUUUGUGAAUAAUAUUCAGCAGAAAGCUCUGGAUACUUCAGUCUUUGUACGCAAAUCUGCUCUAACAGUGCUUUCUAAUUUAUUACGAACCAGUGGAAACUAUAGUUCAGAGUUACUUCAGGUUCUCUCAAAGCACUGCAGGGAUCCAGCUAUAUCAGCAAGGAAGCAGAUGUUGGUGACAAUGUUUGAUUUGAUCAUUCAAAAUCCUGAAGAAGAGAGGCUUCUAGACUCCUGGGUAAUAGCUGCCUUUCCCUUGGUCAAAGAUGUAGAGUCAAAGAUCAGUGAAAAGAUUAUUGAGAACCUGUAUGAGUGUAUUGUUAUAAAUGUUGUACCUCUUGCAAGAAUGAAAACUCCCCUCCACUCUCUACCCUGGAGUAUACUGAGAGCAGUUGAACGACAUAAUAUGGAGCUCUAUCUUGCACAGGCUGUAUGUAGCUGGGCCAAAGAGAAAAAGAUAAGUGCAGAUCAUAUCAACAACCUGCAGACCUAUCUCGACUCAGAGCAUAGUGUUCAAGCUUGGUUCUAUCUUAGUAUGUUGACCACCUAUAUACCAUGUAGUAAGCCAGGUUUUGUAUUACAAUACUUUAGUACAGCUCUGAAUUCUUCAGAUCUAGGUCUUAGCACUCUUCUCCAGGUCUCAAAGGUUCUGUUAGCAAGUGUGAAUUAUCUCUCUAAGGAGGAACAGAAGACCUUGAAGACGGAUCUCAUUGAUCUAACCUCAAGUUUCAGUCUUCCCGUCGAAAUUAUUCCCAACAGUGUGGAUAUCAUAACUGUUAUACUAAAAAAGGAGAAUAAGGACAUAAAGGUAUAUCAUUCUGCCUUGGAAAGCUAUACAGUGGACAUGUUACUAAAAAUUGAAGAUUUUCUCUCUGAACAAAUUCUCAAGAUUCCAACAUACAAACAUUCAGAGAAAACCAUAUCUAGAUAUAUUGCUACUCUCGGGGAACUGGCCCAGCUAACUAGUUCAAGGAUCUCUAAACGGUUAUUUCUACUAAUACAAAGCGUUGUAUUCUUUAAGCACGGGCAAGAUGAGGACAAGGAGAACCAAGCUGAGGCUGUAUUCUCCCAGGAGGUCACCUGCAGAUCUGGUCUGGGUUUAUCUGAUCUGGUCUGGGUUUAUCUAAUCUGGUCUCGGUUAAUCUGA